UCAGGUGCAUCUGUGCAUUCUCCUCAGUUGCAUAUUUGCUUGAGAGACGGCUGGCCAACUUUUCGACUGGCAGUUGGCAGGCGUGCGUAAAAGAAAUAAAUAAUCAAAAGGCGACCAUGAAGUGACAAAUAAAAUGUUGGUCCGAAGUACCCGAACAAAUCCAAAAGAGUAAUUCCCCGGGACAAACAGCCCCUUUCCCCCAGUGACUAAUCCCCCCGGGGGCACCCGAAGCCACCAAAAUCGACAGCAAAAAAAUAUCCCCCCCCCCCUCUUCACCGCCAGCAAUUAAACAACAGUUUUAUGAAAACGUGGAUUGUGGGUAAAGACGCGCGAGAUUGGGUUUUAGUGGUGUGAGAGGGACUGUUUCAUGGGAAUAGUUGAAGAGUUGAAGUGAGAGAGACUGUUUUGAGGUGCAAAGAGAGGAGGCAAGGUUGCAAGGAGGCCGCCGCCACCGCCGCCGCCACCGCGCGCUUUAAUCCCAAUCGUCGCCUUCUAUCCUCUCUUCUCGAUGCUGAGGGGGUGACAUUUGGAGUAACACUUGCAUAUUUGAGGAAGAGUGAAGGAGAAAAAAACGAAGAAGGAAGUAGUGUAACCCCUGUGUGUGCCAACUUGACAAGUUAUUCGCACUCGGUUUUAUUUCUGAAAUCAGUUGUCGCCGAGUUGAUUGUGGUUAUUUCAUUGUUGUAUUAUUAUUCGGUGUUGGAAUGAAAUCGAGGUGAAAACAAUAAGUGUGCGGUGGGGUGGGGGUUUUUUUUUUUGAGGGUUUGGAAUGCUCAGUAUGCAGCAGAGUUAUUGAGGAAAAAGUCCAUUACUGAGGCUUUCCUGAUUUAAUACUCGAGUUAUGAAUUAAUACUCGUGUGUGGGGACAUUUGUGUUGAGUUGUUUUCGUUUUUAAACUCGUUAUUUCGUCGAUCUGGCGAUUGCCUGCUGCUCUCCACUCCGAAAUCGCUCCACUCGGCCGUUGUUAACCUCACUAUUGGGCUCUCGGAGUCGAGGGAAUUCCGAUAGUAUAUUGUAAACAAUUGAAACAGGAGACGAUUGAACGAAUAAACAAGAGGGAGGAGGUGUUGAGAGGGUGAUGAAAAUGAUUUUGUCUGCUCGGUGGAUGGAAAGUUAUUAGCAAAACGCUGUAAAAUGAAAACAGAGAAAAAACAGAACGAACAGAAUUGCAUACCUAGUGCGGCGGUUAAGGAGGAGGCUGAGGGGGAUGGGGUUAAAAUCAAGGAGGAGGGGAAUGGGGGAAAUCACGAGGAUGCAACUGGUGAUGAUGGGAAUGAUGGUCAGAGAGAUGCUGGCUUGGAUCAGGGUAAUGGUGACGGGGGUAUGCCCAUUGACAAUCAGAAUGGCACGGGGAGCCAGCCAAUGCUGAAUUCGGUUAAGCAGGAGAGUGAGCACAGUAAUGCUAAUGAUGAUUUGACGACUGAUAACAUUCAGCCAUUAGUUAGCAACGUCCUGGGUAAACAAAUGGGUGGUGGUAGCUGUGGAGAGGCCCAGUAUAUGCAACAACAGAGCCAGAUUUUUGUAUUCUCGACGCAAUGGGCUAAUAAGGGAGCUGAGGCAGUGCUCCAGGGACAAUUUCCCUCGAUCGUUGCCUACCACUGUUCACAGCCACAGACGAAGAAAUAUCUUGAGAAACACCCCACGAAGAUGAAUCAAUUCCGUCAAAACCCAGCGCAAUGGUUAAACAACAUUGCAAUGAUGAAGCAGAAGGGUCAUCACCAGCCCCCAACCCCCAACUUCCCCCCGGAGCAGCCAAGUGACUUGCCACCCCUGGACCCAACAGCUCCAUUCUGGAACGAUCAGCCGAACCUCCGUAAUUUAAAUGGCAGUAAUGCAGCAGAAUCCACACUUGAUGAUACGAAUAUAGAUGUGCCUUGUCUCGGUCCAAGUUCACCGGGUAAUCAACCGACUAAUAGUCAACCACCUGGUAAUCCAGCAAUGGGACAGAGUCCUAAUUUACUCGGUAGAACGAGCCCCGGUGGUCUCCAGCCAUCACUUCAGGGUGUUAAAGUUCCAGAUGAGAAUUUAACACCUCAGCAGAGACAACACAGGGAGUCACAGCUCGCUACGAUAGGAAAACUGCAGAUGAUGCUCUUCCCGGAACAGAAGGACGACUCAACUGGCCUGCUGGAUCCAGCCCAUGUACCUCCAGCUGGCAAUUGUCCUGCCGGCAAUGUUCCCCCUGUGAGUACACCUGGAGGACCUUGUUCGACGAAUAUGGAGUGGCACAAGCUGCAACAUUCGUUUUUGGAUGGAAAGAAUAAGGUCGGCGUAGGCAGCCCGGGUUCCCUCCGGGGUUCAGGCAUGGUGGGUGGUGUGCCCCGGAGUCAAGGACCCCCACCCCCAUACCACCAAACAGCGCGUUCCGCGAGUGUCCCCAUAGCGAUUCCCAGUCCGAACCCAUCCUCCCCCAACAACCCCACCUCGAACCUCUCCCUCCCCUCGCCACGUGCCAGUUCAGCCCUGAACUCUCCAGCCGACUGCAACCGCCAGUUCCAGCUGAAUCCCCCCCGAGCAGGCCACCUGCCCGGCCAGAGUCCGACUAGUCAGGACUCCCCAACCCCCGUCAGCCAGCCAUCCUCCUCAGUCCCCCCCUCCCGACUGAACCACAGUAAUCCAGGAACUCCAGUCUCCCACUCGCAUUUAUCCUCCCUCAGUCCCAGCAACACAACCCCCCAGAAGGAUCCCCAACUGGACUUCCCCCCGAAUCCUCCCUCCAACGUCGAGGGAAUGUUCUGUCGAACCCUCCAGAAUCUCGCACAACAGAAGCAACAGCAGCAGCAGCAGCAACAGCACAACGCCCCAGGCGUCAAAGAGGCGAACCUGAUGCCAGUCCCAAGUCCCCAGCAGAUCCAGUACAUGAACACCUUCGACGGCCAGGAGCUGACGAUUCAAAAGCAACCGAACACUAGUCUAAAGGACAACAGUCUCCAAACAAACAACAAUACGACGAAUAAUCAAGACUUGUCAAGUCGAAUGCUUCCAGCCCCCCUAGACAACAACAAUCAAUUUCCAGGUAGAACAGAGGGCUCGAGUCCCACGAUAGACAGUAUGAACCGAGGCUUCGGUGGCUCCCUCCACAGCCCCCACACCCCCCACACACCCCACACCCCAGGCGGUGCCCCCCAAACACCUGUCGACAACAAACAGAACAACAACAACAACAACAAUAACAACAACAACAACAACAAGACAUCAGCGAGUGCACAGAGCAGUCCAGUUCCAAUGAACCCAAGCCUGGGUGACAGUAUGGGACCACCGAGGACAAUUCCAGCCUCACCGAGCACAAAGCAAGAGACGUCAUCGCCAUCUUCCAAGGACAUAAGUCAGCCACAGCAGCAGCCCCAGCAGGUGUCCCAGCAGUCGCAGAUCCAGUCACAAAUGCAGUCGCAAAUGCCACCGCAGCAGUCACAGGCCCCCCAGAAUCCCCAGCAAUCUCAGCUGAAUCAGCAGCAGAGUAAUCAGAGCAAUAGUGGAGUCCAAAUGGGCCAGAUGAACGCCUUCCCCUGCAGCAGACCUCCAGUCAACGUCAGUCAACCAGACAAUGUUCCCCUCAAUCCCAACAACAUUGGGGGCAGGAUGGGGGGCAUGGGGGGCAUGAACACCAACCACUUCGAUCCAAUAACAUCAUUGGCACAGAUGAGCCAGCAGCUGACGAAUACUGCAGCUAGCAAUGCCCUGGGGAACGAUGGGCCCAUGCAUGGGGGCAAUAUGAUGCCCUUUGGGGGUCCCCAUGGGAUGCACAUGAUGCAGAUGGGGGGCGAGUUGAAUGGCUGUCAUCUGGGGCCUGUCAACGAGGCCAGCGAUGUUGGGAUGUGCAUGGGAAUGCCUGGGGGGCCACCCACAAGCUACAGCCCCACGACGUCGCACACUGGAAGCCCCACUAUUGGGCCUAAUAAGAUAUCUCAUGGGAUGAUGGGGCAUGGCAUGAUGCCAGGGCACAGUGUUCCUGGGGGGUAUCCGGGGAAUGAACACGUUCCUCCACCGAGAUUGAUGGGGCACAAUGUCGGGCCAAGCCCCUAUAAUGGGGCUAAUAUACAGGUGAAACCCAGUGCACCCAACACUAUUCAGUACUUACCAGCGAGGCCCAAUGUUGGGCAUCCACCGAGGGGCCCUUCCAAUUUGGAUUUGAAUUUUCUGCAGAGAUUUACAAAUCCACCGAUGCAGAAUAUGGAGAGUAAAAUGUCUUCGCCGUCGGUUAAUUUACCGUAUUUUCCGAAUGGAUGUAUGCCUAAUAGCAUGGGGGGCCCACAUUCUGGAAUGAAUAUGGGCCCUGGUGGGCUUCCGGGAAUGGGGGGAGGACCUCCCAGGAUGGAUGGGCAGAUUAGUAAUCCUCAUGGGGGCAUGAGGCCUGCUCUGGGGAGCAUGAGGCCGCAGCCUAAUAUCAUGAGGAUGCAGCAUAUGGUCGGGGGUGGGGUCUUUCCGGGGAGUCCCAUGGAUCCUGAUAAAGUCUUCCCUCCUGAUAUGGCACAGCAAGUUGGUAAUCAGCAGAAUCCGGGGAUGUAUGUACCGGGGAGCAAGGGGAGUCCUAUGGGACUUGGACCACCACCUGAUACCACACAACCGUUGCCACCCAGCAUGGGUGGGGGGAGCAGUAAUUUUAAGAAUAGCCCCUUUGCCGGGGGGCCUAGUAUGGCUGAUCCCAAUUAUGCACAACAGUUUCAUAAUUUUCAACAACAACUUUAUGCCACGGGGUCGAGGGCCGCUGGCCCACCACAACCACCUCCACCACAUCCCAAUAUUCAUCCAACUGGUAAUUCUCAUUCGCAUCAGCAGUUCUUCAUGCCCAAUACAACUCAAACUCCCUAUUGGGCCAGGAAUAGUCGUAUGUGAGAGGGGUGUUGUUGCAAAAUGAAAAAACUGAGGGAAAACCGAUUAUUGGAAAUUAUUUUACGGAAUGUUUAUUCAUUUAUUGUUACGAGUGUACCGUUCCAUGUGAAAGACUCCAGCGUAGUUGAUGCAAAAGGAAAUUUUCGAGACAAUUGUCUUGGUGCAGAAUGCGGCCUCAACUGUCCACCAAAACAAGAUAAAAAUAUGUUCACGGUAAUUUAUUCUUCCGUUGUCACAAUUACGAAAAAAAAAACUGACAAAAUACUUUAAAAAAUGACGCAGUCACAAAAGCUCAAAUUCAUAUUUGUACAUAUAUUCGAGUAUACUUAUAAGCAUCCAAUUGAGCAUAACUUCUUAAUUAAUAUCCCCAUUCUCCCAUUUUUUUCCUUCCUCAACAGAAAAAAAAUGAAAAACAAAUUUUAAAAUAAAGAAGAACGAAGAGAUGAGAAAAACGUAAAUGAAAAAAAAAACGUUGUGACCAACUCUGUGCAUAAUCAUGACUUCACUUAGCCCAUUUAAUAAUCCUAUAAGAAAAAUUGAAUAAAAUAAUUAAUUAUAGUAAUAAAAAUUAAUUGAAUAAGAA